UCCGCGCUGGUUGUUGUCAGCGGUGGUUAUGGAGAUGCGAUGGGAGUACGAGCUGUCAACAUUACGGUGAUGUUUGUGUUUCUAUCAGAGGGAUGCCCAGAAAGAUAGGAUUCAUUGUGGUCAACUCUUCAAGUCAUGAGGACAACUUCAGUGCCAAGGAGCUCAUGGUCCAUGCACCCACAGUCAAUGGCUGGAGAUCCAGCAGGCUGUGCUCCUACCCUCAGCACAUCACCCUCCAGCUGGUGGAGAGAAGUAGGGUGAGGAAGCUGCAGCUGCUAGCCCACCAGUACCUGAUCCCAGCAAAGGUGGAGUUCCAUAUUGGAGACACCCUUCCUGAAACCGGCAGCCCAGGGUUCCCUGGGCAGCUUCGCAGACUUGGGUACGUGUCUUUGUCGGACAACGAGAAGACAGGCUUCAAAGCUCGGGAGCUGAAGUCGGUGCAUGUAGACGCCAUCGGAACGUACCUGAGAAUAACCUUCCACAGGAACCAUGUCAACCGUUACAAUAACUACAAUCAGGUUUCUUUGGUUGCCAUUAAUGUUCUGGGAGAUUCUUUGGAUGGGAAUGCUUUUAACACAAUUCCAAGCAGAGAGCAGCUGAUCGAACACUACCUCAACAGUACCCAGCUGGAAGCAGCCUUGGACACGACCUUCAUGGGCAAAUGUGAAUCCAUCUCCCCCUUGGACGACCUGGCCUUCGACAUGUACCAGGACCCCGAAGUUGCACACAUCAUCCGUCUCCUGGACCAAAAGAAGCAGGAAAUGGUCCGGCAGGAGAAAUACGAGCAGGCCAAGAAUCUGAAGCAGGCCAUCGCAGACCUGCAAAAGGUUGGGGAGCGUUUGGCUCGAUAUGAUGUGGAGAAGCGAUGUGCCAUUGAAAAAGAAGACUACGACCUGGCCAAGAAGAAGAAGGAGCUGAUGGAGGAGUACAGGAGGAGCGUCUACCAGCAGCUGGAGGUCCACAACCUGCUGGACAUGGAAAUGAUCAUGAAGGCAGCAGAUUCAUCCCCAGCUUAUGAUCCUCCCUCACUUCAGCCCUCUCCAGGUCACCGUUCAGUCCCCACCAAGCUGCUUGUUUCCACAGACACGUUCAGGAAGGAGAAAAAACCAAACGCUCCUCAGAACCAAGAGUCAGACGCAGCAACUGUUGCGCCAAAACCAAGCAGCCAUACUGACACAUCGUGCACCCCUGCUGCUGUACCCAAUAUAGACGUUACCAGUGUGCCUUAUGAUGAGAGGCCGCUGCCAACCCUCCAGAGGAAAGACGUGCCUGUUGAGGAUGUCCAGAGCCCUGCAGAGCAGCACUCGCCCCGACCUGAUGCCCAAAGGACUCCACGCAGUCCAGAAAUGAUCGGAGAGCCAGAGCCACUGACAGAGAAGGCCCAGAGAGAGGCUAGUCUUCCAAUAGAAGUCUACGGAGAAAGCCUGGUAGCUGGGGCAUAUUCUAAAACCUGGUCCUACAGAGAAGACGCUCUCCUGGCUGUGUACAAGAAGCUUUUGGAGCUUUCACCCACUACCCCCAGGGAGGAACUAAAAAACACGAUAAGAGCUGCAGUCUUCCUGGUCAAGAAGGCCCUCCUGGAUAAAGUGUCAUCUGUUUUCCACGCCUCCUUGAAGCUCCUGCGGCUACUGCUGAGCCAGCUGAUCCCAGGACUGGGGCUGGGCCGGGCUGAAGUGACCCACUGCCUGGAGCAGACCUGGCCCAACCUGCUGGCCAGGACUGGAGAGUCAGCCAGCCGCCUCCGGGCCACAGCCACUGGCUUUAUACAGGAAAUUGCUGUUUUGAAGGAUGUACGGGCCCUGCAGGUUAUUCCCGGUGAGCUGGUGAAGCCCUUCAAAUCCAACUUCCCCUCUCGUCUGGCUCAGAGUCGGGCCGAGCUGCUCGAGAAGCUACUUACUGAACUGGGUACAGAGAACUCUGGCUUCACCCUGGACAAUGUCAUGAGGUUCUGUGCAGCGGCGUUGGAGCACAGUGCAUCAGCGGUUCGAGAGCUGGCGGUGCGCAUUAUCUUAUCCAUGUACCAGCAGCACAGAGCUGCUGUUCUCAGCUACCUUCCACCCAACGAUGCUACCACACGGAAGAACUUCCUCUACAAAACACUCUUUGAUGGCUUUGCCAAGAUGGACGGAAAGGAGACUCAGACUUUGAAGAAGGGAGGUGGUCAACAGGAUGGGCAAAAGGAAAAGGAGGAGAUCCACUCCCUUCAGGAGCAGCUGGCUGCCUUGAAAGAGAUCACAGAGAGGGGGGAUGAACGCUCCAAAGGACAAAUGCUCAAGAAAGAAGCUCCCAAAGUUGAGAAAGAGUCCCAAAAAGCUGGCAAAGAAAGAAAGAUCCGGCACAUCAAUAACCAAGUAACAGCAAACAUGGCAACAAAAUCAGUCAUAAAAGUGCCCCAGAACAAGGUAACCAACAAUAUUGACGUCCAGCAAUCCAUCAACUAUCUGGACAACCUGUGUAUAUUCUGCGGUAAAAAGGAUGAGUCAUUCACGGAGGAUGGAUUGGACCUUCACUACUGGAAACACUGUCCUAUGCUGAAACGCUGCGAUGAAUGCAGACAGGUAGUUGAGAUAGCCAGUCUCAUAGAGCACCUGCUGGGUGAAUGUGAAAGCAGGUCCAAGUUCAGCCAGUGUCCACGCUGCUCAGAGGCUGUGGCCACUGAAGAUCUGACUCAACAUGUCCAGGAUCCAGCCUGCAACCCCCCCAUAUCGGGUAAAGGCUCCAACCACUGUCCUUUGUGUCACAACAACUUCAUGCCUGGAGAAGAGGCCUGGAAGGCUCACCUCAUGGGCAGGGAGGGCUGUAAACAAAACUCACGCAGGACUGCGGUGUCCCAGAGAACCCAGCCGGCACAAGGCAGGGCUGUUGGUGGAGCCAAGCUGAAGCAGUCCUGGUCGGUUGGGGCCAGAGCCAGACCCAGACCCAUGGGCAGAGGCAGUCGGAUCCCAGCCCUGGCACCUCUGGCCAAAGGAUAUACACCAGGAAAGCACUGAAACUGGUUCUAAGCACCCAGUGGAUACCAGGAGGAGGAACCCAACAGUAACAAACAUCCCUGUAGUAAUUCCACCCCACGCCCAUAUGUCCCGCUCCCACGUUCCUGCAUAACAGCACUUUCAGAGAACAGGUUUCAGAUGUUUUCACUGACAUUUGCAAUAAGAUUUUAAAGGCCAAUACAGAUUUUUCAUUCAAGCCAUAUAAAAAAAUGACUAAAAUAUACCCGUCUGCACAAACUGGCAAUACAAUGUGGUGUUGUAUCCAUUUAUUGAGACACUGUAUUAAAUCUAAUUACAUUCUAGUCCUGUUAUGGUCAGUGACAGAAGGUCCACACAGAAUAGAGACAGCUGGACCAAUAUUAGAGCUCUUGCCUCUUUUGUCUAUAUGUUAAACCUCUGCUGUCACACACCUGCCGGGCCAGUGAACAUGAGCACACUGUGUGCUGUCUGUCGAGAUCUCCUUACUUUACUCCUUCCAGGUUUGAGGCGUAUUUUUCAUAUUGCUCACUGCCGUUUGGAGCCUCCGUGGUGGGGACAGUUUUUAAAGGGGUCGUCCAUUGAUAAAAUAUUGUUCUUCCAUAAGUUUGAGUGACUCAAAAGAGACAGAUUUUUAAAAGAACAGUCAAAAUGGAGGCCGCACUGGAAGACAUAUCCUGGCUUUUAGUCGCUAAUGUCAUCUUCUUGUUAGACCCUGUGAGUCUGGUAAAUACCCACAUCUUACAGAUUCAACACAGUGCAGGCUUUCUCUCAUAAAUGAUUGUUUCCGAGCCCAAGCUGAGGUAACCCUGAUGACAUCACUAUGACAUCUUCAGUGUUAUUUUCUCAGACUUGAAAAAGCUCCUCCAGAGCCGCAGAAAACAUUCUACAACCGUUCUCACCGGCUAGUAAAUGAACCUUUUCUGUAAAAAAUGUGUGAGGGUUCUCUUUAAAGCUGCACAAGCUCUCCAACGCUGCUAUACAUGUGAACAUUUUAUUAAAAGAUGGUAAUAAUUGACAGUUAUUCCAUAAAAAAAAUGGCUUUCAGUAUUGUUUCAAAUCAUCACAACCCUUCAGUAAAACCCAGGAUAUACAUAAAACCCAUGGAUAACCAGUGUAGUAUCAUUAAAUAUGUAAUCAAUCACUACAUCUCAUCAGAGGAUGAUGACAAACAACACUCCUCGUAGGAGGCGUAAUGGGAAGAGAGGAGAGGACGAAGGAGCUUUAGUUACAAGCACAAGUCUUUUCCUCACUUGGCAACCCUCCAGCAGACGAAGCUUUAGUACUAAAUCCGUCGGCAACCUGAGUGUAGCUUUGCUGUCUGUUUACAUUUUCAUUUCUUGUCUUAAAUAGAUUAUAUAGAGGGAACGAAGUAGCACUUUGCCAAAGGGAUGAUGAUGCUUUAGCGCUGAUAUUUCAGUAUAAUAUGGACAUAAUUUAUUUUCCUGCUUAUUGCCUACUGACAAUCUUGAGUAGAUAGCACAGUUUUAUAUGCUCUACUAGACUAGUGACAGAACGUACACCUUUUAACCCAACAGAACUAUUCAAAUAAAAUGGAGAUUAAUGUACUGUAUACAGUAGAAUUUGUGUAGCGCCUGUUUUUCUUCAAGUCCACUUGAUUUCUGCUGAAUAUAACUUUAACCCCAGCAAACACUUUGAAGCACUUCACACAUUCUUUAAGAACUUUAAGAAUAGAUAACGAUAUAAUGUUGCUACUUCUGUUUGUACAACACAGUGUUAUGACGAUGCUGACUGUAAUAUAUCUGUGAUUCAUCUGCAGCCAAGAACUGAAAGAUCCUUAAAACUCCGUCCGAGGCAAAUUGUAACAUUAGAAAGGCAAAUUCUUCAUUAAUGUGUAUGAUAACACUAACUGUUGUAUCAGUGGAGAAGCAACAUCCAUAUAGCUGGUAUAUAAGAGAGUAUAUUUGGUUUCUAAUACGUCAAGUUGACUUUAUUAUGCGUCUGUAUUGAGGACUAUUGCAACAGUGGAUAUUUUAUGGUGUUUUUUAUGUGCAUAGUAGUCAGUAUUUUCUGAAUAAUAAUAAUAAUAAUUUUGGCAUGAAAUGGCUAUUUUUUCUGUAUUUGUUUAAAUAAAGCUACAUGAAGCUCAA